AAUAAAACUGAUUGCACGUUGUUAGUCAACGUGAUGACGACAUCCGUUUAGUCGAGACCACGUGAUUCCUUUACCUGUGCCCAGCCUAUUUACUUCUGCUGAGACGAGCCGCUGCGCACACACAGGUUUCAGUUAAGUGUUUCUUAGAAAACUUUUAGAUGUUUAUCUUGGUGUUCUGAACAGCAUUCUGCUGUAGUUCCCUUUAUUGUUGUAGCCUUUGUUUAAGUUUUUCAUCUCCUACUGUGUGGACUUCGACCUCCGCUACUGGGGCACCUGUUAAAAACAAGGAAGUCUAUUCCUGCUCAAUCCGUCUCGUAAAUGAAAUUAAAACGCGUUUUGUAGAUGAUCACGGUCGACAAACGGGUGUUUUGUGCUCUAUGCUGAUCCUUUAACCCUGACCCGGGACGAUCACUGUCAUCUAAACAGGAUAAAGCUGCUUUCCACUCGGAACAAGAUGAACGGCUCUUUGGACAUGGAUUCAUUGUCCAAAAAUAACUCGAUUGUUCACCUGGAUGAACCAAUCCUUCCGGAAAACAUAACUAUCAUUCGGACAAGGAACGGGUCACUCACGGAGGGUCAGAUGUUUCUGAACACGAUGACUGCUCAGGCCCUGUCUGGCAUAUUUGUCUGGUCCGCCUUGCUCAUAACAUGCCACCAGAUCUACACACACCUUCGGUCCUAUACUGUCCCCAAUGAGCAGCGCUACAUCAUCCGCAUACUGUUCAUUGUGCCAGUUUAUGCCUUUGACUCCUGGCUCAGCCUCCUAUUCAUCAGCAACGACCAGUACUAUGUUUAUUUCGAUUCCGUUCGAGACUGUUAUGAAGCUUUUGUUAUUUACAAUUUCCUGAGCCUGUCCUUCGAGUAUCUUGGAGGAGAGAGUGCAAUCAUGUCUGAGAUUAGAGGGAAGCCUAUACAGUCAAGUUGUUUAUAUGGGACGUGUUGUCUGGUUGGAAUGAGCUACUCCAUCGGCUUCUUAAGAUUCUGCAAACAGGCGACUCUCCAGUUCUGUGCUGUCAAACCCAUCAUGGCGGUCAUCACCAUCAUCCUACAAGCCUUUGGCAAAUAUCACGACGGAGAUUUUAAUGUUAAUGGAGGCUACCUGUACAUCACAAUCAUCUACAACUUCUCUGUGAGCAUGGCCCUCUAUGCACUCUUCCUUUUCUACUUUGCCACAAGUGACCUGCUCAGACCGUAUGAACCAGUGCUCAAAUUCCUCACAAUAAAGUCUGUCAUAUUUUUAUCCUUCUGGCAAGGAAUGGUCCUUGCUAUCCUGGAGCGGUGCGGCGUCAUUCCCAACGCACUUUUCAUUGAAGGACAUGAAGUGGGUGCUGGAACCGUUGCAGCCGGCUGGCAGAACUUCAUCAUCUGCAUCGAAAUGUUCUUUGCUGCCAUUGCGCUCCGAUAUGCCUUCCCCUGCACCGUCUACCAAGAGAAGAAAAACGACGUGCCAGAGAAUCUUCCCCCAAUGCAGAGCAUCUCGAGCGGCUUAAAGGAAACCAUAAACCCAGGCGACAUGGUUCAGGACGCCAUCCACAACUUCUCGCCAGCGUAUCAGCAGUACACUCAGCAAUCCACACAGGAGGUCAGCCAGCCCAGCACUAAUGGAAAAGUGGCCACGGGCAACAAGAGCUCUCGCAAGUCCGACAAAAUCAUGCUGAUUACAUCAGAUGAUGAGUUCUAGGCAUUUUUCCAGCAAGAGACCCAGGUGUUGGUGCCCUUUCCACCUUUACCUCUGACCCCCUGGGGAAAAAGCUGUGUUGCAUUACUCGCAGAACUGGGUUGAACACAAGCGGUUUAUUUUCGCAAGUACUUAGACAGGACUACCUGCUUUUAUAAUGAUGAUUUUAAUCAGAGGAUGUGCAUGAAAUUUUAAGUUUUAAAUUUCGUCGCUGAAUGUGUCGAGAACUGAUCUGUCUCCAUCUUGCUGCGGUAAUCUAGAAAAUGACAUGUCAUCUUCACUUCAUCACACGAGUCAGGAGCCACGCGCUUCCCUUAAAUCAAGCUGCCGGAUUUUCAGCUGCGUCCCCCGAUGCCGACUCCGUCUGUGCCAUCUCGCCAUUGCAGCCUCUCUGGCUGUCUGAAGUGUGUUCCAUCUGAAUCAUGUCAGUUUCAAAGAGCAGAUGAUUAAUAUGUGACUCCAGGUGGGAGGCAGGGGAAGCCGGCAAUGACUGAGAAUGGCACUUCAUGGACCGUUACUCACAUCUGCUUGUUUGAAGUAUUUGCUGAGCAUUCCUCAGCAUGGUUUCCUGACGAAUGAAAGGCUUUUUUUCAAUGACGUAUUAGUUUUGGAGCAGGCAAUUCGAACUGCACUUCAUUAUCCUUUGUAUCCACCAUAGCAGGCACAAAUUACAUAAACCUGUUGUCUACAAAGAGGGAAGUUGGAUCAUCUCAUUAAUUUUCUCAGCAUGCUAAAGAGUAGCCCAAAUAGAUAGCCAGAUUAAGUAAUUUUUUUUUUCUUAAAGAAUAUUCUCUAUUGUGACUAUUUUUUGUGUAGCUUUUAUGAUUUCAUUUCGAUGCUCAUGUUAUCCCAUCUUGCAAGGGUCAUGAAAUGUGUUCACAAGCUGAUUAGUGUUAAUUUUACUGCUCAGUAUGGUCUGUGUACAAAUAUGUAAUUGUAAACAUUUUAUUCUAUUUAUUGUGAAAAGUUCAGGCCAUUUCAGUUAUUGAACAUUUAUACACUUUACUUUUUAUUCUCAAUUUUUAUGGUUAAACCUCUAUAUGUAAGUAUAGCUUUUCAGGGACUUUUUUUGUUAAGUUAUUUUUUUAACUUGUGCCAAUGUGUAUGUGUUUUUUUUUUGUUUUUCUGGGAAGGCAUUUAUUAUUAUAAAUGUACAAAGUAGUUCUAAAUUAGCUUUAAAUUUGACUUUUUUAAAACUUUAAUGCAACAAAAACUGAACAUUUUGAUGAGGAAAAUUUUAUUUCGAGGUAUAAAAACACAACAAUACUAUUAAAACGAAUAAUUGACCAUAUUUUCUUUUCUAUCAGGGCAGAAAAAAAUGUUUUAUUUGUACACAAGGGUAGUUCAUUGAGAAAACAUGUAAAUAAAUGCAAAAUAAAAAUAAUUUAGCUGUUCUUCUUUUAUACAAUUACACAAAUCAAUGAAAUAAAUACAAAACAUGUGAGCAGACUGACAAGUUUAAAGGGUAAAUAACUGUUAUGCUACCAUUUACUGUCCUCGUUCAAGGUUAGCAUUGAUGGCAACUAGUUGGCCUGAAAUCUUUGCUGUGAGACUACAAAAAACUCUUAUUUUUCAAUCUAAUUUGCUGCAGUUACUAAAACCAUAUUUGAUUUUUGUCAUCCUUUCUGUAUUCUAGCAUAUUCUCUACAUGGCUGAAUUUAAACAGUAGCUUGUAGACUGGCAAAGCUGGUGUUAAAAGCUUAUUUAAUCAGACAUGUUAAAAAAAAAUCUAUAAAAGUUCUUACAUUUUCAUCAAAAUCCAAGUUUUAUUUAUAUUUCUAUAUAUAUGUACAAUUCAUAUAAAAGUAUUGGGCGGAAGGUAACUUAACUUCUGGAUGUUGCCAAAUAUAUUCACAAUCUGUAAGAGGAAAGAAAAAUGUCUGGACUAAGUUCAGUAAACAUCUAUGGCAGGAAGAUAGCUGUGCCUCGUCUCACAAAUAAAUCCUUCUAGAUUUUUGUCUUACAUCCGUUCAAUUUAAAUGGAAAAACUUUUUCUACUGAUUUGCAUAAAAGAAAAGACCAUCAUGUAUCUUGGCCUGGAUACAGUGAUUGUGUAUUUAAUUCACAAUCACUGUGAUUCAGAGAAAGGUUUGUCUCUUAUUUGACUAAGGCAUUUUUGAUUUUACGUGGGAAAAUAGGACACAAGACGUAUAAUAUUAAGGUGUGCUCAAAAUCAAUCACCCCAGUCUCAGAUUCAGUGUUCAAGUGUGUAUAAAUAGUUUUGAAGAUUUACCACUAGAGGUCAGCAUAAUGCUUUGCAAUUUAUUUGUCAUGAAUAUGUAAAAAUUGACCUAUGCAAACAGAACAAUAUUGGUUUUGGCUUUAGGACUGAAACACACCAUCACAUUAACAGGUCUGGGUUAACAGUGCUGAAUACAUAAAGCACUAAAAGCAUUACCAUCAUGGAGUACACUUUAAAACCCGUGGGGUCUGCACCAGGUUUACACAUAAAACUUAGAAAAACUCUUAAGAAAUGUUAAACCUGAAAGUUUAAAGACUCUCUGACGAUGCAGUUUCAUUUUCCAAGUUUUCACAACACUUGUCUCUGGGAACGUAAAUGUGUGCUUUAAAAUUUGCACUGAAGGACUCUAUAAUUUGGUUUAUUGUUUGAUCACAUUCUAGUGAGGUCCAUUUCACAUCUCUCUAACAAUGGUACAUUACCAAUAGUUUUAAAUGAGCUUUUAUUUGACUUAUCUGCAAUUUUCACUGUUUGCAAGGCUGCAGAAUAUGAGCCAUCUAAAUGUAACCUUAAGCAGUUAAUUGUCGAGCAUAAAUACAUAAAAGUUUUAAGUUAUAAACACAGUUGUCUCGUAAAUGUGAGUACAAUUUGAAAACGGUCAGCAUCAAUGUCACUAACUUCAGUGAGUGUGAUUACACAGACACACCACUCCCAGUAUAGUGAAAGACAGAAAAAUAAGUAAUAUACAUAUAUAUAUUUACGUAUUUUGUAUGUGUAUUGUAUAAAACUGAUAUCAGAAAAAGAACAAAGGACAUAAAAGAACUGGGUGAAAAUUCAAGGAGUAAGAACACAGCAAUGCCCCUGCUUAAACAAAAUAAAAUCACAGCAGGUUGUACAGCAGCAUAGUUCCCCAUUCUGUUCUUUGCAGCUUUUGAACAGGGGAAGAACAGUCAUGUCUUCUUACACAAGAAAAAAUCCUGACAUGAGCAGUCUCUAUUGCAUUGACUCCAAUUUAGGAAUGGAUCCUCUGUAGGAACAGCUUGUUUUCAAGUCAUCUUUAUAUUUAAAUAAUGCAAGAUGUUCGUAGAGAGAAAGGCAUUUACUGCAUUUAAUAUAUGUUUUUUAUGAAGACAGGCGUCAGGAGUUUCUCUUGUAGAAGAGUGUGUCAAAUGCAAAGUAAAUAGCUACUGAUUGUAAAAAAUAAAAAAAUACCAACACCGGCGGCAGCAGCACUUCUUGUGACCCAGCGGUAGGAAUGAUUUUUUUUUUUAUAUGUCUGGACGGAGUUUAUCAACGUAAGUGACAACAUAACUAGCUGAGGAUUUGUCACCUUUAAUCUGUAAUAUACAGGAAGAAAGUUGAUUUUUGUAAGGACUACUUUCAUUAUCACUAUAUCCAAUAUGGAUUACCCACCAAACAUUGCAAGUGCAGCAAAGUUUACCAUCCUUGCUAACUUUAGACUUUCACUAAAUAUUCCCAUCACAUUAUCAUCACACAUUAAAGCCCCAGUAAAUACAAGAAUAAUUUCUGGUACAUUGUUGCAUCUUGUAAUUUACUUUAUACUGUAUCGUUACAGUUAUAAGUGCUAUAAUAAAGUAAACUCUAUUAUUACAUGCAAAUUUAGCUCAAUCUGCUUUCUAAGCACAUUCAAAUGUAAAAAGUUAGUUGUAAGUUGAGUUGCGAAAAGGCUUAAAAUCUGUUAAUACUACCAAAAAAAGUCAGGGGGCCAUAAAAUAGCCAUCAGAAUUACACCCAACACUUCCCAAACAAACUUUACAAUGUCUUUAAUACCUUUUAACCUUUUUAACAAAAUAAUCUAAAAUGGCGAACAAAUCAGAACCUUUAGGUAUGUUUCAUAAUUGAAGCAAACAUGGAGGAGACAUCCUCUAGAUUUGGCAAUGCUUUCCAAUUACUGUUACCGACACUAAGGUUUCCAAAACAUGAAGCACAAAUAUAUGGUUGUCAGUUUUCCCCUUAACAGCUUCUUUUAUGGAUUAGCAUAAGCUAAACAAGCUCAAGAACAAAUUAAAAUCUGAGAAAACUUCAGUUUCAUCCAUCUCUUAUAUCACUGGAAACUCUUGAGAAACUUCUAGACUUUAAUCCUGGGAAAUUUAACACCUUAUUGUGCUGAGCUGCAUGUUAGCUGUAGAUUACUUAUAGAUCUUUAAGGCAACAGCUUCAAAAUGUACAGUUUUUAUGUAAAUUUACACAAAUAGCAAAUAACUAUACUCCCAUAAAGUCAAAUCAUUUGUAUUUUAUGUUCUGCAGCAUCAAGUAUUACACCAGUAAGACAGACUGUAAUGAAUCUCUACCAUCAGUCACAGAGGUAGGGUCACAGAGGCCCAAUACCCUGCCGGUGCUGGGGGUCGGAUGGGGUUGUGAACAGUGUGCAGACAGUAUAGACUGUGUAAGAGGCAGGCGAAUGGAGACAGAACUGUGAAUGCAGCAUUACGUGACAGAGCUUGGCACCCAAUCCUUGAGUCUAACAAACUACUGAGGAUCCUCUCAGUACAGGAUGACUGGGUACAGGAUGCGUCAGAG